UACUUUUGAAACUUUGCAUUUUUUGUCCAAUAGCGGCUGUCCUGACCGGCGAACCCAACCCAGCAUUCAAACCGAUUAUUCUCACCUAUUUUAGUGGCAUCUGCUUACGUUACCGUUUGUGGUUAAAAAAAUGGAAGAAGCCGAGCAAGAAAACGCUGGUGCCCAAACAGAAGCUGUGGCUAAAGAAGGUGCUCCUUCGGAAGAAAAGCAACAAAAAACAAAUUCUGCUGAAAAAGAAUCUUCUGAAGCAAUUCCGAAAAAGCCACGUGUAGAUUACAAUGCAAUAGCUACGCGGCCUUACCUUGAUGCAACUGUGGUACCAAUUUUACUUCAGGCACUCUCUGCCCUUGCAAGAGAAAGGCCUCCUGAUCCAAUACAAUAUUUAGCAGAUUUUCUUAUCAGAAAUAAAGCGCAGUAUUCUCAGUCCAUUGAUUUACCAGAUGGAUCUUCCAGUUAAUCUAGAGCCAUUUUUCCUCAGCGAAAUGUCCAGUUUUAUAUAUUUCACAUAUUGCAAUUCAUUUGUAGUUUGCAUAAGAAAUAUUUCUCAUUCUUCAUAUUUAAAAUACCAUCUUUGUAAAAAUGCAUGUCUUCAACCACGUAAUUACUUGUAACAUGUUUUAGGAGUUACUAAAUUAUCAGUAAAAUUCUCAGUGAAAGCUGGAAGUUUAUUCUUUGUUUUGGACUUUGCAUUCUGUAUAAUAAAGUAGAUAUGUUUGAAA